GUGUGCGACUGCUGCGACAGGACCCCACUGAGUGCCUUUUCUCCUUCAUCUGUUCUUCCAACAACAACAUUGCCCGCAUCACUGGCAUGGUGGAAAGACUGUGUCAGUCCUUUGGACCUCGGCUCAUCCAGCUUGAUGAUGUUGUCUACCAUGGCUUCCCCAGCCUACAGGCCUUGGCUGGGCCGGAGGUAGAAGCCCACCUCAGGAAGCUGGGCCUGGGAUACCGUGCGCGCUAUGUGUGUGCCAGUGCCCGAGCCAUCCUCGAAGAGCAAGGUGGGCUGGCCUGGCUACAGCAGCUUCGAGAGGCCCCCUAUGAGGAGGCUCACAAGGUCCUCUGUGCCCUGCCUGGGGUGGGCACCAAG